GCAUCAGGGCCUGUCAGGGCUGUUCCUCAAGGCUGGCUAAAUGCUGACCUUGGGAGCAUGAUCAUUGAUCAAGAGUGAGGAUACGUUAUAGUGACUGUCCUUGUGAUCAAAAAAGCUUGUGUCUUGUUUUAGUAGCGUGCAAAAUCGCCUCAAAAUGAAGCAUUUAGCCCGAACUAUGACCAUAUAUUCGUGCUUGUAUCCUGGUGCCAACUUGUUCCAACAAAAAGUGAUUCGCCAAUACCCUCACAUCAAUUGGAAGGAGGGAUCGCGUUACAUGAUCUAUGGAGGCCUUUUCCAUGGACCGUUGGUCCACUACUGGCUUCAAUUCGCCAACCACAUGUUCCCGGGAAGUGCUUACAAACAGGUUCUGAAGAAGGUGUUGAUCGAUCAAGUGAUGUUCGCUCCCGUCGCCCUUUCUUGUUUUUAUAUAGGUCUCUCCGCACUAGAAUUCAAAUCUGUCGAUUACGUCAAAGAGGAAUGGUUGGAGAAGUUUCCCGGAACUUGGGCGACUGGCGCGUGUAUCUGGCCUUUCCUUCAAGCCUUCAACUUCCGUUUCAUUCCAAUCACGCAUCGGCCUCUGUACGUGGGCAUCAUGGGAUUCUUUUGGACAACUCUGUUAUCGUAUUGGAAGAGCGAAAGUCUCAUACACCCUGUGGUCUAACCGCAUUACCUCGUUGUACUGUAGAAUGAUUAUUAGGCAUUAAAAUGUCAGCUAAACUUUACAAGUAGGUGAGGAUCCCCGGUGGAGUUCGACCACUUGUGACACUUGUGGAGACACAGCGAGCUUACACCCUCAUGAACAGUAGUCUGAAUGUUAUUUGGAGCCCAGUUAUCCAAUCCACAAGUCGAUCGCAAUGAAGGAGUCUGAGCACAUUCCAAGACAAUAUGUAUGGCUUUGCCGAUUGUGCGUGCUUCUCCUGUAUGUCCAUGUGGUCCAUGUGUUCACCCAAGACUCCAGUCAAUAUGAAUUCCCGAGCUCGAGUGGAGUAGUGGAAGAAAUUGGCAAUCAUCCAAAUGAAUCGAGGACUACAUCAGGCAUCUGGCCCAGCUCUGCGACUAAUUUGACUGGUCUAUUUGAGUAAGAAACGAGACUGCUAUUAUUCAUGAAGAAGUUGGAUUGGUUAUUCUUGCUCUUUAUCAUUUGUAUUUGAUGGUGGAUGCGUUGACCCUUGGAAAAAAGUUUGAUGAUAAAAGUUUGAUGUGUGGAUUUCUAGUCAGUAGUAACUAGCAAGCUGACUGCUCCCAAGGAGGAGGAGUCCGACGGAAAUAGCUGUGCUGAGGAAACGGAAAUGAGAGAAGAGGAAUGAGAGGAUGAAUAAUCAAGUCGCAACGCAAGAGAAGUGCUUGUGGGCUGCUCGGUUUUCUUUCAAUUUGGGAUACAUCCAUU